AUGGCAGAAAAACCCCAACCGGUUCGGGUAUUAUACUGCCAGGUUUGCAGUUUACCCCCUGAGUAUUGCGAAUUCGGAUCCGAUUUCGAUAAAUGCAAACCCUGGUUGAUCCAAAAUGUACCCGAUUUAUACCCUAAUCUUCUUAACGAGGCAAACGAGAAGGAAGCUGAUAAAGUUGCUGAUAAGUUACAAGCUACUGGUAUAUCUUCUGCUUCUAGUGCUGGUGCUGCUUCUUCAGGGAAGCCAGAAGAGGUUAAACGCCUUCCAGGUGGGAAGAUAAAGAAGAAGGACAAGCAAGAGGUUAUAAUUGAGAAGGUUGUACGUAACAAACGAAAAUCUAUCACCACCGUUAAAGGCUUGGAACUUUUUGGUGUCAAGCUCAGUGAUGCUUCAAAGAAACUUGGGAAAAAGUUUGCUACAGGAGCUUCUGUCGUCAAGGGCCCAACUGAGAAAGAACAAAUUGAUGUUCAAGGGGAUAUAUCUUACGACAUUGUGGAGUUCAUUACAGAUACAUGGCCUGAUGUUCCGGAAAGAGCAAUUUUCUUUAUAGAAGAUGGGAAGAAGGUUCCAGCUGCUUGA